AUGAAGAUUGCAUGUUGUGUUUUGAUUAUUCUGGCUUUUAAUGUGGUAUCAAUAUUCGCUGGUUAUGAGAAUCCGCAGUGUCCAAAUCCAAAACCAAAUGAUAAAUUAUCUUCUUCCGAAAAAAUUGUCAUUGCUUUUGUUAUAGGUUUUGGUAAUGAUGGAAUUGAUGUAAGUUUAAAUAAUGAAUUUCUGGAGAUUUCAAAUUUUAAUUUUCAGAAAUAUAAGAUAGCUUAUGUAUUGAACCAAUUAGCGUGUUGGAUACCAACAAAUCAAAAUGUUCAAUCUUUUGUUUUCCAUUAUUUUAACAACGGCGCGGAAAAAAAUAAUAAUAUGCACGUGAAAAAGACAUGGCAAACUAUGAAGGACAUCUUUGAUGGUACUUUGUGGAUAUCUUCGAAAGAAUUUUCAUUCCAUACAACUAUGUUUUACAGAUCCAAAUACGAUCGCAACAUGUGUACAUUUCACAAAGGGUCUUGAAAACAUCAAAGCCAAAUCUUGGGAUUCAGUCGAUAAAAUCAAAUUGAUUGUUCAUGAUGAUUUAAUGGCGGGAACCACAAACUGUGAUCAUCAGAAGAUGUUCAACGAUACACAAAUGGGCGAGAAGUUCGAGUUGUACGAUAUAAAAUUCACAAAUGGCAAUGAUCCGGGCACGUUAUAUUAUACAAAUGUACGCUCGAUCAAAUCUGCAAGUGAGUUUUUUCCAAAUAUAAUCCAUAUUCGAUAGAUGUCUUACAGAUCAGAAUGCCACCGAGGAGUUAAGAAAUGCCACGUAUAAUUUGUAAGUUUCCUCACCAUUUUCAUUUUUCGAUGAAUUAUCCAAAUUCCUUGAAUAUUUCCAGCAUGCAACGUAUUCUUGGAAUUGAAGAACCGACAACAACAACACCUACAACAACUACUUCAAUUUCAACUUCAGCUUCAUCCUCAUCAACAACAACAACAUCAAUAACAGAAGUAUAUCAUCCAGCAGAGCCGAGUUCAGAAUUUCCAUUUGGAUACAUAAUCAUGAUUGCAUUUCUUGUUAUCUUUUUUUUGAGUUUUAUUACUUUUUACAUAAUGAUGUAUGUAUCUCCAGCAUAGAAAUCAACAAUAAUUUUUUCAUUGAUUUUCUCUUUCAUGUCUUGUUAUGUAUACUCAAUUUCAGCAAAUUUGCGAGUUCAAUAAAAAUUUCUUCAUAAGUGUGAUUGUAUUUGGAGUGUUCAAUUUUUUUGAAUUAAAGGGGGGGUAAGACGACAAAAUUUUAUUUGCUCAAUGAAUCGGGCUCCCUUUGAAUAGUAAAAGCCCCAGGGGAUUUUUUCUCGAAAGGCCAAAAAAGGUCCGAAAAAAAUAUUCCAUGAACUUUUUUCAACGUAUACGUUGUCCAAAAGUUUAUGGAAUAAUUUCAACGUAUACCUAGUUUAUGGAACAUUUUUUCUGGACGUUUCCGGAAAAAAUCCCUUGGAGGUUUUACUACUUUUGGGGAGCCUUUAACUUUGCGACAAAAAAAUUUUGUCGUCUUACCCCCCCUUUAAAAUCACUUGCAGAACUCCGCGUGAAUUUUUCGGAUGUGUUUCCAAAAACCACAAAAAAUAAAUCAAUUUUGACGUGUUCUACUUAAACGUGUCCCAAUUAAAAGUGGCACAACGAGUUUUGCUCACAAGACUUAAGUCAGUUUUACAAAAUCAAUUGGAUCGAAACGGUUACCAUCUGAUCUGACUGUUUGAUGCGACAAAAUGAAGAUUGCAUGUUGUGUUUUGAUUAUUCUGGCUUUGAAUGUGAUUUCGAUUUUUGGACAGUAUAAAUAUCCAAUCUGCCAGGAACCAACAAAAAAUGAUAAAAUAACAUAUCCGGAAAAAAUCAUAAUUUUCUUUGUUAUUGGAUUUUCUAAAAAAGGAGUUGAUGUGAGUCUGAAUCGUUAACGAAUUGUUUUUUAAAUUUCGAAAUCCAACAUUUCAGAAAGCAAAAAUUGCGUAUUUAUUGAAUCAACUGGCUUGUUGGAUUCCAACAAAUCAAAAUAUAAACUCGGGUGCAAUUCAUCAUUUCAAUAAUGAUCUUAUGGUGAAGGAUCAUACAGAAGUCAAAGAUACAAAAACAUUCAUAGAAUCAAUUUUCAAGGGUAUGGAUAAUUUUUGAAAAAAUGUUGUGAAUGUGAAAUAUUUCAGAGACAAAUGCAUUCGCAACUUGUGAUACUUUCAAAUCUGGUCUUACUUUUCUGAAAAACUAUCCUUGGGAUCCAGUCAAUAAGAUCAAAUUGAUUGUUCAUGACGAUUUAAUGGCGGGAACAACCAAUUGCGAUUAUCCGAAAGCGUUCAAUGAGACACAGCUGGACAAGAAAUUCGAGUUGUAUCAAAUCAAGUUUUCAACUGGCAGUGAUCCAAACACAUUUUACUAUCCGAAUAUAAAUACGAUCAAUACAGCAAGUGGGUUUUUCUCCCAAUAUGAAUCAUUUUUGAAACAAUGUUUUACAGAACAAAAUGCCACAGAUGAGUUGAGAAAUGUCACCUACACUUUGUAAGUUUCCUUUUUUUCUCAUAUAUAAUCCAAAUUCCUUGAAUAUUUCCAGCAUGCAACGUAUUCUUGGCACCGAUGUCGAACCUCCAACAACAGCAACGCCAUCAAAACCAUCCGAAAAAUCGGGAGAUAACACUAUUUUGAUUAUUAUUCUCGUCGUAGUUGCAGUAAUUGUUGUUGUCUUAUUGAUUGUCGGUUUGGCAUUCCGCAAGAAAUUGUUUUCAAAAUGCAAAAAAUCGAAGGAAGAAGACAACAAAACGAUUUUGAUCAUUGGAGAAAAAACUGAUGGUUCGAGAGAUUUUCAUUAUUUUAUUUUGAAACACCUUUUGUUUUUCAGAUCCACCAACAAUCAUCACUGAAGUUGUUCCGAAAAGUAUCAUCGCAAAAGAAAAGAAAUUCGGUGCUAUCAACGAUCCAACUAUGCAUUCAGCAAAACAAUGA